AUGUCUGUAAUGCCGGAAUCUGUGUGGGAUUCCGCUGAUGCGCGAGAAAUCAGAGGAACGGAUGGACAGCUCUUUCCACCAAUGCUUGAGGAGGGACGGGAACUUGAUAUAUUCGCAGGUCCCAUGUGCAGGUCGAUCACGAUGGACUUUUUGAGGCGAUCUGAUUUUCAAGAUGUUACCGCGUUCCGCUACGGGUUACCUUCAAAAAUGUUCGAUCCAAAGAUUCCUCGGAACCGUGGAUUCUGCAACAGGAAUGGCACUCCUACCUUUUUCAAUGCAUCUAUUCAAAUUCCUGGAUGCUUACCCAAAGGUUUACUCGAUAUCGGAAGAUGCCUUCCUGGUACACCGCGAAUCUACAUUUCAAACCCUCACUUUUUCGGUGCGGAUCCCGCGGUUCUAUCUUCCAUCCAAGGCAUGAGGAAGCCAAGCGAGGAGAAAGAUCAAACAUAUGUGGAUAUAGAACCAUUAAGUGGUGUGCCAAUACAUGCGCAGAGGGUCACACAAAUCAAUGUUGGAAUGGUAAAAGGAAACCUCAAUGUCUUGGCCGACAUGUAUAACAUUACUUUCCCUGUCUUGUGGAUGAAUGAAAGCGUCUAUUUCGACAAAGACACCAGAGACCAGUUGAGUCAACUAACAUCUGUGAAACAUCUUGUGAACAUACUUGGAAUAACGUUUCUCACCGUGGGGCUACUUAUGUGGUUUGCAGUCAUAGCAGUGGUGGUGAUACGUGUUCUCGUUAAGCCACGCGAUGAUGACGAACGAGCCAUUCUGCAGGAUGACGUUGUUGAAGAAGAAGUUGGUAAUAUCUAA